GUGCUAUAUAUGCGUCUCUUCUAGGUACGAAUGCUAAGGUUGCGUGCUGCGGUGUCACAAGCAAUGCAUAACAAGAAAUCUAUUAAACCCAAAAGUACAAAGUAACAAGUGACGGAAAAUUCCUGCAACGAAGCAAACGAAGCGAUCGUAAAUAUCCGAGAGAGAGGAGGAAAGAUGGACACCGGGAAGGAUACGACACUCGAGCAGCCGCCGCCAGCUAGAAGCGAGUUGCCGGCCGAGGGAGAAAGGAAAAGUGCGCAACUGGAGUUGUUACGAGUUCGGGAGGAGUUCAACCAACAGCGCGCUAGGAUGAAAGAGUUGUAUCUUGCCAAAGAAAGUGAAUGCAAGCGUCUUGCGUUGGAAGUGAGUAAUACACGGAAAGAGCUGGACGAGCUGAAGGCACAGAUGAUGAUUAUCGAGUAUAGCCGGGAAAAAGACGCCGAAGAGCACCAGAACAAGAAGGAAAACGAAAACCGCACUCUUAAGCAGCUUGUAAACGAUACACUCGAUGAGUCGUCGGUUAUGCGCGACUCUUUGAAGCAGCUGAGGGAGGAGAACGUGAAGCUGGCAUCGGAAGUUGUACAACUGAAAGAAGAGCUGGCGUACACUAACCAAGUGUCACCAAGCCUUGCAAAAACCGUACAACAGGCGAAAAGAAUCAUACUAAAACUCGGCACAGCCGACUCCACCGGGGACAACUUAGAGGAGUCGAUGCGGAAGGUAAAGAAAUAUGCCCAGGAAGAUGCAGAGGUGUUACGAUCGCUGGUAGUACCGCUGGAAGAAGAGAUUAAAUCGUUGAAAGAAAAGCUACGCAUAGCCUACGAAGAAAUUGAAACAUACAACAACUGCAACGGGAGAAAAUUGCAGGAGUCGGCCCUGAUUGGAAUGCUUAACCCUAGAAGAGUAGCAGAUGUUUCAAGUGUGUCGACACCUGAUCCAGUAGGUAGUGAUCAGGAGGGUAUUCAGAAGACUUCAGUAACCACAGACCAUUGCGAAAGAUGCAGAACUCUCGAGGCUACAUACACGCUAGAUCUGAAGGGAGAACGCAUGCGUGCUACUUCGUGCGAGAAAAGUCUCGAGCGACUGAAGGAGCAACUGACGAAGGAAACUGCACUACGUUCCGAUCUUGAAGUGCAAUGGCACAAAAAGCGUGAGGAGCACAAAAUAAAAGUACAGGAAUUGGUGGACCGGGCGUCUAACACUGAGGUAGCGCUCGAGAAGCUACGGUGUGAUUACGCUCAUCUAAAGCUAGUGCUGCGUGAAGAAUUGCAAAAGGUAACAGAGGAACGAGAGCAAGUUUACUACCAACUGAACAACCUCCAGCAGGACAACGAUUUUCUCGCUGGCAAGUAUCUAGCGAGCUCGGAAGCGCUCAAAGACAAGGACAUAAAUUUUCCCCAAACAAUCGAGGAGUUGCAGGAGCUUGUUUUAGCAUUACAUGAAAAUCUGAUUGUUACGAAAGCGGGCUGUGAGUUUGCUGAGCAGAAAGCGCGUAGCAUGCAGGAUGAGGUAACACUAUUGCAGGAGCAACAGUGCUGUCGUGAUCGGGAUGUGAAAAAGGCCGAGUUGGAGUACGCCCGAAAACAUCAUCAUCUGUUGGAGCAGUUGAAGUGUCAACAGCACGACUUUGAGCACCUUACCGCGAUACGAGAAGAUCUCGAGAGAGCCGACGUGGAGCAUAAGAAGCAAAAUUCUGAGCUGCGAAUGCAGAUUAUCGAGUUGCAAGCGGCAAACGAACGUUCAGACAAGCAAAACAGUGAUCUCAAGAGCAAAAUUGCUGUGCUGCAGGAAGAUCUGGCGAACAAUGAGGCAGUGCAAAAGGACUUCGUGAAGCUAUCACAGUCGCUCCAGAUGCAGCUGGAGAAGAUUCGAUCUGCGGACACGCAGGUUCGUUGGCAGGAUGAGGACGAUGUUAACCAAUGCCCAAAUUGCAAAAAGGAGUUUACUGUCACACGCCGAAAGCAGCACUGUCGACACUGUGGGAGUAUCUACUGCCAGCCAUGCUUAACUAAGUCGGUUCCUUCCGGACCGAACCGGAAGGCAGCACGCGUGUGCGAUGUUUGUCAUACACUGCUGGUACAAGAUACGGCCCCAUACUUUAGCCGUGAGCCACCACAAUCACCCUAGCAUGUAAAUUAUAGCCUUUUUUUGUUGAAUUUUAGAAGUAUAGGAAUAAAAAACUGAACAAACUAAUUCUAAUCAUCCCUAAGGCAGUCAUGAGUAUCAGUACGUACAUGUUCCUUUCCGUAAAAUACGAAUGGCGAGACACGUCAAUUCCUUAUCAUGGACGAAUAUCUAGCAAAUAUAGCAUAUUUGGUUGCUCAUACUGAACAGAUAGAACGUUGAUGCAAAGCUAAAAGUAGAGGAACUAAACUUAAAGAAAUAGGAAGUAGAUUGGUUAAAUCAGAACGUCUACAUCCUGGUGGAAUGCAUCCUUCCGAUAAUGUUGCAUCUAAAAGUGUCAAAAAUAAAUGUUCAA